CGAGACUUUGAGCCGCUGAUUGGCUGAAAAAGGACUGGCAUCGACCCACGGGGCGAGCGUCCGGAGGACCCGUAACGGUCGGAACGAAGGGUGGUUCGUGUCCAGGACCAGCCCCUUGAGACCCCCCAUCCCGCGCCAUCAGAUACCCGAGGAGCUCGGCCGACAUGAGGCCCCUUAAAGGCUGGCCAGCACGGAGGUUGGUUGUGGUUGUGGUUGUGGCUUUAGGUCUCUUGUGGAUGGUCUCUCUCCCAUGGAAGGAAACAGAAAUAAGAAGCGACGCUCUGGACUGGCACGUCAGUCACGAACAAAAACAGCAGUUGCAUGAGUACGUGCAGAGAGUCCUGGAGAGUCCGUGUCGUCCCGGCAGUACCAGGGCGAGAAUGUUGGAUCGACUCCCCGCUUCCAGUCGCACGACCCAGCCGUUCCUGUGGAAGGACACGCCGCUCCCCGACAACCUCUUCCAGUACUCGCUGCCGUUUGGCUUCAGAGGUGUGCAGGGCAAAGUGGAGGACCUGCUGAAGCAGCUGCCGAACUCUGCCUCUGCGCCAGAAACGAUGAUGGCGGAUAAAUGUCUCCGCUGUGUGAUUGUGGGAAAUGGAGGCGUUCUCCGAGGCCUGGAGCUUGGCCAUCACAUCAACCAGUUCGACACGAUUAUCAGGUUGAACAGUGGCCCACUGGGAGAGUUCAGCGUUGACGUGGGGAAUCGGACCAGCAUCAGGAUGAGUUACCCAGAGGGCACGCCUCUGCACUGGAUCGACACCGACCCACACACCCUGUUUGUAGCUGUGGCGUACAAGGGCGGGGACAUCAGCUGGAUCUCUGCCAUGAUCAACAAGCUCUCUGUGCCCCUGUGGGAUUGGCUCUUCUUCUGGCAGAAGGUUCCAGAUGGAGUCCCUCUAGAGCCCCACCGGUUCAGACUUCUAAACCCACUGGUCAUCACAGAGACCGCGUUGGACCUGCUGCACUACCCUCCACCCACAGGAGGCCUGUGGGGAUGGGAGAAGAAAGUGCCGACCAUAGGGGUCUCCGCACUGAACUUAGCCAGCCUGCUGUGUGACGAGGUCAGCCUGGCAGGCUUCGGCUACAAGCUCCACCAGCGGGGGGCGCCGCUGCACUACUACGACCAGCUGACCAUGGCCGCCAUGCUGAAGCAGAGCACUCACAAUGUGGACAGAGAGACCAAGCUGCUGCAGAACCUCGUCAGCGAGGGCGCCAUCACGGACCUGACGGGUCCGUGA